AUGCCGACUCCUGCGAGUUCCUGUUUUUCUAAACUGCAGGAGUGCAUCUUUGAGAUUUUCAAAAUCGAAUUCAGAUUUGAAUCUUGUGAUAUGCCAGUAUUUGUGAAUGCCAGGCUCAAGAGCGGUGGCACAAGGUUUCAGCUCAAUGACCAACUGGACUUUGAAUGCUAUGAUGGAUAUGAAAACAGACUUGGACACACCACAGGCUACAUCUGUGGUCACACUGGUUGGUCUGAUACACCCACAUGUUAUGGUAAUUCCAGAAAAUGUGGGCUCCCUCCGCCUAUUGACAAUGGAGACAUUACCUCAUUCCCAUUACCAGCUUAUGCUCCAGGAUCAUCAGCUGAGUACCAAUGCCAGGCCUUCUAUGCACUUCAGGGAAACAGGAAUGUAAUAUGUAGUAAUGGACAGUGGUCAAAACCACCAAAAUGCUUAGAUCCAUGUGUGCUAUCAGAAGAAACCAUGAGAAUGUUUAACAUAUGGUUACAAUGGAGUAGUGAGAAACAAAUUUCUGGAAGAGCAGAGGAUAUUGUUGAAUUUGAAUGUAACUAUGACAGAAAGACAUCACGAUAUACAUUCCGAGCAACCUGUCGGGAAGGGAAAUUGACAUAUCCAGUCUGUGGAUAAAACAAUGGUUAAAACGCUGUCCUAAAAUUGAAAUAUGUACAUUUAUUCAGAAUUUUUCAUUAUUAAUCUAAUUCUCAGUUUAGUUUUUCAAGUAUUAACUAAUUUUUAUUUGUAAGUCAGAAUAUGUGUUUAAUAUUAUGUGGAUAGUGUAGUUAUAAUCUAAGAGACAAAUGAAUCACUUUUUUGGGGGGGUGUCAGUAAAUAUUUUUAAAAUGAGGUAUAAUGUGGGAAAUAAACAAAUUAAGUUAAAUAACAAAUGGAAUCAUGUCUAGGUCAUUUCCUGGCACAUAGUAAGCACUCAGUUAGGGUCUAUUGAAUGGAUACAUGUGUACCUUUUUAACCAGGUCUCACAUAUGCUCCAUUAAAAAAUAAAUCCAAGGAAUGGAGAGAUGUUCGUCAAAGGGUACAAACUUCAGGUAUAAGAUGAUUAGGUUCUGGGAGUUUAAUGUACAGUAUGAUGAUGAUUUUAGUUAACAAAACUGUGUUAUAUAUUUGAAAGUUGUUAAGAGAGUAGAUCAUAAAUGUUCUCACCACACACACAAAAAUGGGAAUUAUGUGAAGUGAUAGAGAUGUUAAUUAAUCUUAUGGUAAUCAUUUAGCACUGUAUCUGUGUAUCAAAUCAUCAUGUUUUACAACUUGAGUUUACAGAAUGUUAUUUGUCAAUUAUAUCUUCGUAAAGUUGGAAAAAUAUUA